AUGGGCUUCAACACAUUUCCUCGUAAUGAAAAUAAAUGGGGUAGAACAGAUUGGUCUCGACCUUCUUUCACAACAGUAAAGCAAGAACCAAUAGAAACAAAAGAGUCUAAACCAUCCCAACCCCGUUUUAGUGUGUUUGGUAAAAAAGCCAAAUUCACUCAAAUAAACAAGGAAGAACAAGAAGCAAAGCCAAUAGAGAAAACGACCUAUAAAAAGAACACAUUUCAACUGCAUCUUUCUACAAAAUCCUCAGCCAACCAUAAAUUUCAAGAAUUCAAUCAAAGCCUACCAGUCAAAAAGAAAAGACAAUGCGUUCAAUUCGAGCCCAUCUGUCUAGAACGAGUCUGCCUCUUUUUGGAAACACAACCUCCCAUAGAACUUAAAGAGGCCCACGAUAAACAGCUCACGAACCCUUCUUUUCGUAUUAAAUGUCCUUGUUGGCCACACCCAGAGACUUCAGACUAUUAUGAUCAAAAAGUAGUCAUCUUGAACAAGAAGCAUUUCUCUAUUGUGGAUAACAAAUAUAUCAAAGGCAAAGUCAUGGUACGCAAUCUGGCAUUAGAUAAAGCCGUUUUGAUUCGAUACACGUUUGAUCAUUGGACAACCGUGUUGGAUGUAGAUGGCGUCUUUUUUGGUCCAAACCCCAAGAAUAUCACGUUUGACAUGUUUGACUUCACUCUGGACCUCACACAAGGGCAACUGGCUGAUCAUGGUGAAUUACGUGGCAAGAUUGAGUUCUCUAUACGAUAUACAGCUGGCCAUAUGGAUUACUAUGAUAAUAAUGAAGGUCGUAGUUACCAAAUCAAGGUCAUUUGUGAUCCAUUAAAUGACCCUUGGGCUACAGUAAAAGAACCAGAAUCAGAACAUGAAGAAGAACAAGAACAAACACAUCCUGAAGAUGACGAAGAAGAGGACGACGACGACGACGAUGAAGAAGAAGAAGAGAUAGAAAAACACAAUCAUUUUGCAAAUGCACUCAAGGACUAUAAGCAUGAUACAUCAUUUCAUCUCAAACGACGUCAGUUAUGGCUUAGUGCAAGAUAUGAUUUCAGUCAGUCUUUGUCUCUGGCUAAACAGUCAUCCCAUCAUGACACAGUCUCAUUUGUAGGAGCAAAAGAUUAUUUUAGUACAAAACCUGUAUAUAUUCCUUCUGACUUACCUAGUCCAAAACCAUCUCCUACCAUGUCUUCUGCAUCACUACCCAAAGGCGAUAUGGAUUUCAAUUCAAACUAUUACAUGGAACUACUCAACAAAUAUUGCUUUUAUAACAGUGAAAAAGAUGUUCAGUUAUCCAUUAACAAUAUUUAA